AUUUGAAUAAAAUGGCAGAUUCAGAAAGUGAAGUAAGUGCAGCUGAGUCCUGUGAAGCUAUUGGAACUGGAACACUUUCAACUUUUCAUAAAUUCAGAGAAAGGAAGCGUGAAGCGAGUAGUUGGAUGAAGCUAAUCUACAGAGUCAAGCUAGGAGGAGAAGGAAGAAACUUAGCUUGGCUUCAGGCCGGUCACACUCCCGUCACUGAUUGGGAUGUUGUUUUCCAGGAAGUGUAUGAUGAUGAAGGAAAUGAGGAGGAUAUUAUAGAUCUAUUUAUGAAAGUAAAUAUAUUAUUCAGGAAGUGUAUGAUGAUGAAGGAAAUGAGGAGGAUAUUAUAGAUCUAUUUAUGAAAGCUGGAGGCAAUAGAACAUCAUAUCUAAUCGAGGGUGAAAGUGAACCAAGCUUGUGCCUGUUGAAACAAAUAGCAGUGGAUUGGGGGAAAUCUGCUUCAUAUCUAGAG